AUGCGGUCCGAAGUUACCUCACCCAGGGGAAAAUCUUCAAAACUUUCGAACGUCCCAUUUGAACUGGUCUCUUACAUUCCUGAGCAUGUGUGUUCGUUCACGCCUACCGACCAGUGUGACAAGAGAAGACGUAUUGAUAGUUUCAACCAGGUAGAACUUUAUGAUGGAACUCUUCUUGUCGUUCCUGAACUGCACAUCGCUAUCAAAGAAUAUCUGGACUCAGAUGAUUUCAUUUGCUUCGACUCACAAGGAUCGCAACAGCAUCCGAGACCACCGUACACAGGUACUUCUUACUUCUGCAACAAGAAUGAAUGUCACGACAACGCGCCGCUGUUCUGUACCUUCGAUUCUCCCAGCGCACUAUUCAUAACAUCAACAGGGAUCAUUCGUCGUAAAAGCCUGGGGAGUCACGACGAAGGAAUACUAUGGUCAUCUGCAGCUCGAAAGUCCAAGCGAGCUGCGUCAGAAGGAGGGGCACAAGUCAACUCAGGUACCAUUGUAGAUGCGGUACAAGCCUGUGUAGCAAAUUACUGCCUGUUCAUCACAAACUCCACCAAUCCUGUGGUCAUAUUCCCCACAUCGCUCAUCGCAUUCAACUACGAGAUGCUCAUCUCUGCAUGGUCCGGAGGAAAGCUAAUCUACCAACAGCAGCUCCAUUGCCAUGCGCACGCCAUCUGCGAACUCAUGCAAUGCAUAUUUUGCAUGGAAUACAUCUACAAUCUCCACUGCUGGACGCCAACACAGAUGGUGCUAGCAGGAGCGAUCCCAAUCAUCAUAAUCCUUGUGCUUACACUCAUAAGCCCCGUUCUUCACGUUGUAGCAUCAGUCGUCCGCACGAUAUUUCGCAUCUGCCGCUUCGUCGUGAAAAAGAUACUCUCAAGACUUGUACCACGCCGAAAACCACCAGGUUUCGUUCCAUACUCCAGCCACCGGCGCAAAUUCUUCAUCACAGUUGCUACCCUCUGUCUGCAGAUUAGUACGCAAUGCUCAGAAUUCGUUUCAAUCACGACAUCGGAAGAAAUGUGCAUCACAUCAGGAGGAACCCAGAAACUUGUCUUCCUCCUGAGGGAUUACAACGGGAAGCCAGCCGGACUAAUCGCCAUCAGAGUGAAAAAUGUGUACUACACAUGCCAAAAGAAGCUAGAGUUCUAUACUCGAGAUCAUCGUUUCUACUCAGAAUCUGUACAUCGAUGCAGAUUUGCGGGAAGCUGUGGAAAGAGCACAUGUGACGACACCAAAACAACUGACCGAAUCAAAGAAUUUUCGCACGCAGCCAAUAGUCAUCCAGGCUAUACGUUCUGCGCAGCAAGCUGCGGAUGUCUCACCUGUGGAGGAUGCUUUCUGUGCAUGUCAAGCUGCCUGUUCUACAGAUACUACGCCCACCCCGAAUCACCUACCAUCUACGAGGUCUUCAGGUGCCCAGCUUGGGAGCUGGCCGUCGAGUACUUUCUUCGGCUUUCAUACACAAGAUGGGGCAUUCAAUGUACCGCGCUCACCAAAGAGGUUUCGUCAGGUCACCUCAUCGCGCACACAAUAGGACAGCUGCAAUGUAGUGACAAAAGGGAAGCCGAAAAAUUCAACUGCCAAUUCCCUAGUAACGUCUGCACGUGUUCCGCAGCAGUAAAUAGAGCAACCUGCACAUGCAGCAGUGGCAACGUCAGAAAAACUCUCAAGAAAACACCGCUACCAGUCGUCAUGAAAAACGUCAUGAUAUACCAAAAUGGAAAGUCAGUGGAAGCAAAAAUGAACGUUGGAACAGCACUACAAUUACACCUUGUCGCCGGAAGGACUGAAAUGACAUCCUUAAUGGAAAACGCUACAUGCACGGCGGUCGCCUCAGACGUCAUCGGAUGCUACCACUGUCUCAACGGAGCAAGAUUGGAAUUGGCCUGCCACUCAAGCGCUAACGAAAUAACAGCAGAAAUCAGUUGCGGUUCUCAGCAACAAGUGGCCGUAUGUACGAGAACAGGCCAUGUGAACACAAUAACAUUCAACUUCGAAACGCCUACAGUGAAAGAAAACUGCACGUUACGAUGCCCCGGAGGUCUGACGAAUUUCGUCAUCAGUGGAAAUCUCGAAUAUAUCAACGAUGGUCUUCACGUCGAAGAAACGAACAACUACGAAAGUGAUUCAAAUUUUGGUAGCAUUUCAAUUAGUAAUGUGAUUUCAUUGUUGAAGACAUCCUUUUCAAUGGCUACCGAAUUUCCUUUCCUCUUUGAUUGGAUUGAAUUUCAUUUUCACUCUACUCGCACUUUUCUUGAUUGUUACAAUCUUUAA